UUUUCCCGGAAGUUGCGAGCUGAGCUGGUGUUGACUGCGUGCAGAAGUGCGCUCGGUAGUGAAGGAGCCUCGGUGUGGGAGUGUCAGCGCGGCCUCUCUGCUGUCCGAGGCGGUUGGGAUUCAGUCUGUGACGCUCGCGGCGGUUCAAGCACGAAUUCUUUACUGAAAACCAGCGAGAGCUGAGAGUGCGCGCUCAGUCUGAGACUCCGGACCGGAACUAAACUCCCACUUCCGCCUGCUGAGGAACACCGCGCGCGCUCACUCACUGCAGCCUGUGGUAGGUUCACAGCUCGGUCAGACCUUCCGUGCUACAAGUGUUUUGCAAGAGAACCAGGGACACAGGGACAUACAGACAGGGACACAGGGACCGAGAGGAAGCGUGAUGAGUUUGUUCGGCUUUGGCCAGAGCGCGGAUAUUGACCUCGUGCUGAAUGAUGCCGAGACGAGAAAAAAAGUCGAGCAGAAGAGUGAUGAUGGCAGAAAGGAGAAAUAUUUCCUUUUCCUCGACGGUGAGACGGUGAGCGGUAAAGUAAACAUCACCCUGAAAAACCCGGGGAAGAGACUCGAACAUUACGGCAUCAAAAUCGAGUUCCUUGGCCAGAUCGAGCUGUACUAUGACAGAGGGAACCACCAUGAGUUUGUGUCCCUGGUGAAGGAUCUGGCCCGACCUGGAGAACUUUCCAGCUCCCAGUCUUUCGACUUCGAGUUCUCUCAUGUGGAGAAGCCGUACGAGUCCUACACCGGCCACAACGUGAAACUAAGGUACUUCCUUCGUGCGACGAUAAGCCGUAGACUGAGCGACAUCACCAAGGAAAUGGAUAUCGUAGUGCACACGCUUUGCACGUAUCCCGAAUUAAACUCGUCUAUCAAGAUGGAGGUCGGCAUCGAAGACUGUCUGCAUAUCGAGUUCGAGUACAACAAAUCCAAAUAUCACUUGAAAGACGUGAUCGUGGGGAAGAUCUACUUCCUUCUGGUGAGGGUAAAAAUCAAGCACAUGGAGGUCGAUAUCCUAAAGCGAGAGACAACAGGCACAGGACCCAGCGUGUAUCAUGAAAACGAAACCAUCGCCAAGUACGAGAUUAUGGACGGCGCACCAGUGAAAGGUGAAUCGAUCCCCAUCCGAUUAUUUCUCGCUGGCUAUGAGCUGAUGCCCACCAUGAGGGAUAUCAAUAAGAAGUUCUCUGUGCGAUAUUAUCUGAACCUCGUCCUGGUAGAUGAGGAGGAGAGACGCUACUUCAAACAGCAGGAAAUCACACUGUGGAGGAAAGGAGACAUCGUAAAGAGGAGUAUGUCCCAACAGGCCACCAUAGCUGCUCAGAGAUUUGAGGGAUCAAAAGCUGGAACUGCUUUGGCAGCAGACAAAAGCUAAAUAAAAUGUUAAUGUUCAAAAAAAAAAAAGUAUAUAUCUUGUAUGCUCCUGAGUGAUCGGAGGCACAGGAGUUCAAGAUAGAUGGGAAAGAAAAUCAUUCACGAACAUCAUCCAGGUGCUCAAUUUUUAAUCAUGUACAUGUUGAUUUGUUGAAAUUUCUUCUUCUAAGUCUGUCCAAAUUGUUGCUUUUUAACUAAAAUAUAUAUUUUACACACGCACGCGCAAAAGCCAUAAAAUUAAAACCACUGACAGGUGACGUGAAUAACAUUAUCUCGUUACAGUGGCACCUGUAAAGGGGUGGGAGAUAUAUAUUAGGCAGCAGUUCCUGAAGUUGAUGUGUUGGAAGCAGAAAAAAUGGGCAAGUGUAAGAAUCUGAGCGACUUUGAUAAGGACCAUAUUGUCGAAGGCUCAGUGAAUCGCAUGGGACACCAAGUCUAGCUCAUGUGGUCCAGUCCCACAGAAGAGCUACUGUAGAACAAACUGCUGAAAACAAAACAGAAGGGUGUCAGCAUUGACUUUUUCAGCAGUUUGUGCUACAGUAGCUCUACUGUGGGAUUGGACCAUAUCAUGGAUGCAAACGGCACGCCUUUUGGCGGAUGCCGCCUUUUUCACGGCUGUCUGGGGUACUUGUGUGAAUCGUGCAGAUCCGAUGAGGUUU